AUGGAGAACAGACUUGAUGAGUUGACAUCAAUGGUGAGGCAGUUGGCAGUGACACAGACUGUGCAACCUUCUGCUCAACAGAUAAGCAACCUGUGUGGCAUCUGUUGUGAUCCUUCUCACCCCACGAAUACAGUUCCAAAUCCAAAGGGAACCAACAAUGUUAGUACCAUCUCUCUGCGGUCUGGCAAGCAAUUGGAGGAGCCAAACCAAUCUGCUGUUGAGUCAUCUCAAGGAGGUGACACUGGUUCAAGGAAGCAAAAUACUGAUACUUCUGAUGUCCACAUCAUGUUACCUUUUCCUCAAAGAGCCACUCAGUCUAAAAAGCAAGCAGCAAAAGCUCAAGAUAAAGAGAUUCUUGACACCUUCAGAAAAGUAGAGGUCAAUAUCCCACUCUUGGAUGCAAUUCAGCAAAUUCCAAGAUAUGCCAAGUUUCUGAAGGAGUUGUGCACCAACAAGAGGAGGCUGAAAAGAGAUGAGCGAGUCAGCGUCAUCCAGAAUGUUUCAGCACUCAUCCAACCCAUACCCAAGAAGUGUCAAGAUCCAGGGACAUUUACUAUUCCUUGCAUUAUUGAAAAUUCUGUUUUUCAUGAUUGUAUGUUAGACUUUGGAGCAUCCAUUAAUGUUAUGCCUGAAUUUGUGUAUAAGUCUCUUGGUCUUGGUCCCUUACGUGCUACUGGUAUUAUUGUUCAGUUAGCCAACAAGAGUAGUGUUCAUCCUUCUGGAGUAGUUGAAGAUAUAUUAGUUAGGGUUAACAAUCUGAUUUUUCCUGCUGAUUUCUAUGUCUUAGGGAUGGAGGGUGAGACUCCUAGUAGUACAAUUAUACUUGGUAGACCUUUCACGAAAACUGCUAGGACUAAGAUAGAUGUGCAUGCUGGUACUUUUUCCAUGGAAUUUGGUGAUAGCAUGGUUAAUUUUAAUAUUUUUGAUGCCAUGAAAUAUCCUAGGGAAGAGCAUUAUGUUUUCUGCAUUGAUAUAAUAGAUGAAAUGGUUGAUGAUAUCUUUGUUGAUUUGAUUGCUGAAUAUCCAGAAUUUUCAUCCUUCCUUGAUCUGAUUCUAAUUUUAAUCAUGCAUUGA